CAUUUAAUACGACAGAGACCGGAAAUACGUCAUAAUCCAGUGGAUAUGGUCAUUAGGUUUCAAGAUGGCGCUUGACGGAGUCGACCAUAUGGAGUUGGAGGACAGUAAAGGAGGCUCAGGUCUCCGACAGUAUUACCUGUCCAAAAUCGAGGAGUUACAACUGACUGUCAAUGAGAAGAGCCAGAACCUUCGCCGUCUGCAGGCCCAGAGAAAUGAGCUUAAUGCUAAAGUACGUUUGCUUCGUGAGGAGCUGCAGCUGCUGCAGGAACAGGGCUCCUAUGUUGGCGAAGUGGUCCGAGCCAUGGACAAGAAAAAAGUCCUGGUAAAGGUUCACCCUGAGGGGAAAUUUGUGGUGGACGUCGACAAGAACAUCGACAUUAAUGACGUGACUCCGAACUGCCGGGUGGCACUGCGUAAUGACAGCUACACGCUGCACAAGAUCCUCCCCAACAAGGUGGACCCUCUGGUGUCACUCAUGAUGGUGGAGAAGGUGCCAGAUUCUACCUAUGAGAUGAUUGGUGGUCUGGACAAGCAGAUCAAAGAGAUCAAGGAGGUGAUUGAGCUGCCCGUCAAGCACCCGGAGCUCUUCGAGGCCCUCGGAAUCGCACAACCGAAGGGGGUGCUGUUGUACGGACCUCCCGGCACUGGGAAGACACUGCUAGCUCGAGCUGUAGCUCACCACACCGACUGCACAUUCAUCCGUGUCUCUGGCUCCGAGCUCGUGCAGAAAUUCAUCGGAGAGGGUGCACGAAUGGUGCGUGAGCUGUUUGUGAUGGCACGUGAGCAUGCGCCCUCCAUCAUCUUCAUGGAUGAGAUUGACUCCAUCGGCUCCUCGCGUCUAGAGGGAGGCUCCGGUGGUGACAGUGAAGUGCAGCGCACCAUGCUCGAGCUCCUUAACCAGCUCGAUGGCUUUGAGGCCACCAAGAACAUCAAGGUCAUCAUGGCCACCAACCGCAUAGACAUCCUCGACUCGGCUCUUCUCCGGCCUGGCCGCAUCGACCGGAAAAUCGAGUUCCCCCCUCCCAAUGAGGAGGCCCGUCUGGACAUCCUGAAGAUCCACUCACGCAAGAUGAAUCUGACGCGUGGCAUCAACCUGCGCAAAAUCGCCGAGCUCAUGCCAGGGGCAUCAGGUGCUGAGGUUAAGGGCGUUUGUACAGAAGCCGGCAUGUAUGCCCUGCGAGAGAGGAGGGUCCACGUCACCCAGGAAGACUUUGAGAUGGCUGUUGCAAAGGUGAUGCAGAAAGACAGCGAGAAGAACAUGUCUAUCAAGAAGCUCUGGAAGUAGAGGCUUUAUCACCUGCACCUUGCAACCUCACCUGUAUUGACUUUUUUUUUUCUUUCUUUGGUUUAUAACUGUGCCCUGAAUUUAUUUUAAAAUAAAUGAUGUCUCCUGUU